AUGGCUCGCCACAAGGAAUCUGCUAGCGAACUGGAACUGGCACGAGGCUCACUGGGCGUCACUACUGCCAUCAAAGGCGGGGCUCGGGCGAAAACCCAGGCGGCGCUCGCCGCCCAGCAGCAAUACUUGACCAAGCACAUCAACUCCAACGGGCCCCACGACCAGCCGAAAGUGGCGCCGCUCGACUUUGACCACCUCAGCGACGACCAGCUCGCCACCUAUAACGAGCGCUACCAGUUGGGAUUGCCGCCGGCGGUGCUGGUCAGCGAGGACGUGCUUCUGCUGGAGAUCGGGAAGAAGACCCAGUACAAGCGGCACCCGCUGAGGUGGCUGGGGGGCAUCUCCAAGCCCGAGCUUGCAGCGCAUUGCAAAAACCAUUUCAACCAGCUCCCGGUGAAGGAGAACGAGAUCAUCACCAGCUUCUUGUAUAAGGUGAAGCACCAGGACCAGGACUUUAAGUUGACGUUUAAGUGA